AUGGCUAUGACUUCCAGGAGCGCCGUUCUCGCAACCUUCAAGGUGCCCAAGAUCGCGAACGAGCCAAAUCACCACUAUGCCAAAGGCUCAUCCCAGCGGGAAGGCCUGCGUUCUACCGUCCAGAAGGUCAAGAGCAACGGCACAGUCAACGUCCCAAUAGUGGUUGGUGGUAAAGAAAUCACAACAUCAUCCACUGGCAAGCAAUUGAACCCAUCAGAUCACUCCGAAGUUGUGGCCACAUACUCAAAAGCAGGCCCGGAGGAUGUCAAGAGGGCCAUUGACUCUGCCCUGGCUGCCAAGGAGGCGUGGGCAUCGCUGCCCUUCGCCGACAGGGCAGCUGUCUUUCUCAAGGCCGCAGACCUGAUCUCCACCAAGUACAGAUACGAGAUCAUGGCGGCCACCAUGCUUGGCCAGGGGAAGAACGCAUGGCAAGCCGAGAUCGAUGCCGCCGCAGAGCUGUGCGACUUCCUGCGAUUCAACGUCCAGUACGCCGAGGAGUUGUACGCUCAGCAGCCCGAGCAUAACUCCACAGCCGUGUGGAACCGGCUGGAAUACCGACCGCUCGAGGGCUUCGUGUACGCUAUCACUCCGUUCAACUUCACUGCCAUCGCUGGCAACCUGCCGGGUCUCCCUGCCCUGCUUGGAAACGUGGUUGUGUGGAAGCCAUCCGAUCACGCCAUCGCUUCCAACUGGCUCCUCUACAAGAUCUUCAUCGAGGCAGGCCUGCCCAAGGACGUGAUUCAGUUCGUCCCGGGCGAGCCCGAGGAGGUCACCAAGAUCGUGCUAGGCCACAAGCAGUUCGCCGCUCUUCACUACACCGGCAGCACUGCCGUUUUCCGCAAGCUGUACGGCCAGAUUGGUGAGGGCAUUGCCGAGGGACGCUACGUGGGUUACCCGCGCAUUGUGGGCGAGACUGGCGGCAAGAACUUCCACAUCAUCCACCCCUCUGCGGACAUUGACAACGCCGCCGUGCAGACAGUGCGGGGCGCAUUCGAGUUCCAGGGCCAGAAGUGCAGCGCGACCUCGCGUGUCUACGUGCCCAAGAGCGUGUGGCCCGAGUUCAAGCAGAAGCUGGUCGAGAAGACUGAGCAGCUGAAGGUCGGCGUGCCGUGGGAGCCCCAGAACUUCAUCGGCCCCGUCAUCCACACUGCGUCGUUCAACAAGCUCUCCGGCGCGAUCGAGGCGGCGAAGAAGGACAACGAGCUCGAGCUGGUCACCGGCGGCACGUUCGACAACUCCAAGGGCUACUUCGUGAAGCCUACCGUCUACCGCACGACGAACCCCGCACACCCGUACCUCAAGGCAGAGUUCUUUGGCCCCAUCCUGACGGCUUACGUGUACGACGACAGCACGCCCGGGGGUUUCGUCGAGGCCUGCAAGCUGGUCGACUCCACGACGGAGUACGGGCUCACCGGCUCGGUGUUCGCGUCUGACCGGUCGGCGGUGCGGGUUGCGGAGGACGCGCUCCGGAACUCGGCGGGUAACUUCUACAUCAACUGCAAGAGCACGGGCGCAGUGGUCGGACAGCAGCCGUUUGGUGGCGCGAGGGCAUCGGGCACGAACGACAAGGCCGGAAGCUCGGCGAUCAUGGGCAGAUUUGUGAACAUGAGGACAAUGAAGGAGGAAUUUGUUGCCACGACUAAGGUGGAGUACCCUAGCAACGAGAUCUGA